AGACUCUCACGCAGCCAUCUCUCUCAGGCUCAUUUGGCCAUUUCUCCUUCACGCAGCCAUCUCUCCAGUCGCCAUUUCUUCUUCACGCAGCCAUCUCUCUCACGCUCCCAGGAUCCUCUUCAAAGUGCCGUUCGUCUGGGCUCUCAGAGACAAGAAAGAUGCAGCGGCUUUCUCGUGAUAGUGUUCUCAGGAUCUUGGAAGACCAAGAGAAACUCAGUUGUGAUUUGGAGGCUUGGAAGAAGAAAAAGGAUGAAUGGAGCAUAAAUUUGAACAACCUUGAAGAAGAGAGAAAUAAGAAGAAGAUGAAAGAUGAGUUGGCAGAGAAAGAGGAGAAAUUGGGUUCUUUGGAGGAAUUAAGUCAAACUCUUAUCACCAAAGAGCGUCAGAGCAACGAUGAACUACAAGAAGCAUGUAACAGAGUUAAUUCAGGUUUUUGUAGAUAUUUUGGGUGGUCGUACGACUAUUGGAAUAAAGAAAAUGGGGGAGAUUGAUCCAAAGCCAUUUCAAAAUGCAUGCAAGCAGAAGUUUUCACCGGAGGAAGCACAGGUGCAGGCCUCCACUCUUUGCUCCUUGUGGCAGAAGAAUUUGAAGAACCCAGAGUGGCACCCUUUCAAGAUAAUAGAAGUUGGUGGGAAUGCCAAGCCCGAGGUGUUGAUUUCCAAAUGCAAACAAUACUUAUAUCUGCUGCACAUGGACUAUAAUUUUUUUCAGUGUGAGUAGAUGUAACGGUCAUGCAUGGUGCAUGAAAUUAUAAAUGAAGACGACAAGAAGCUACAAAAACUUAAAGACUUGGGGGAUGAGAUAUACGAAGCAGUUGUAACAGCUCUGAAAGAAUUGAAUGAGUAUAAUCCAAGUGGGAGAUAUGCCAUUCCGGAGAUAUGGAACUUUAAAGAAGGAAGAAAAGCCACAC